UACUAAUCCCUCAGGUUUGGCUGCAGCCCGGCCUCGGGAUAAACUGUCAUGAAUGCUCUGGACGUUGAAAAAUGCUACGUGGACGUGUACAUUUUUUGAAACAUUAAUGUGUUCCUCAUUCAGAAAUUGUUUUUCAAGGGAAACUGCAAACUAUGGUUCAGCAUGCAGCACUGUGCACAUCAAGGAAGGUAGCAGUCUAUCAGCAAAGCCUGUGAGACCUUAUAACAACAGAAGAUCUGCUGUUUCUUCCGACACCUGAGAUCCAGAAGACCAAAAAGCACUCACUGCUCCUCAGGAGGAUUAUGUCAUUAUAGCUGACAACUUGAGCUCCUUCGGCAAACAACAGCUACGAGACAGAGUCCCUCCUGCUCCGCUUGUAUAGGCAGGAAUCAUGGAUGACCCCUAUCACAACAAUGUGAACCAGCAGAUGACUGAGGGUGGACAAUACACCUACACCCAAGAUGGAGGAGGUCAGGACGGCUAUCCUUACCAAACUGACUACCCCCCACAGGAUGAGGACGCUGCCAGUGAUGCCACAGAGGGGGCUGAUGAGGAUGAUCAGAUGUAUGAGGGGGAAUACCAGGGGAUCCCUCAUCCCGAUGAGAUCAAGGAGGCACGGCGAGCCGCCCGACUGGAGGCCAAGAGGAAAGCUCGUCAGGCUGCACAGCAGGAGGAGGAGGUGGAGGAAAGCCUGCCGGAGCAGUAUGAGACCAUCAUGGAGGACUGCGGCCACGGGCGCUUCCAGUGGACGCUGUUUUUUGUGCUCGGCCUUGCCCUAAUGGCUGACGGUGUGGACGGCUUCGUGGUGGGCUUUGUCAUGCCCAGUGCUGAGAAAGAUAUGUGCAUUUCUAAUGCAGACAAAGGACUCUUGGGUCUGCUGGUCUACGUUUCCAUGAUGGUUGGUGCUUUGGUGUGGGGUGGUCUGUGUGAUAAGAUGGGGAGGAGGAAGUGUCUCAUCUACGUCCUGACCAUCGACCUGGUCUUCUCCUUCCUGUCGUGCUUUGCUCAGGGAUACGGCUUCUUCGUCUUCCUACGCUUCUGCUCCGGCUUUGGAAUUGGUGGAUCCAUCCCCAUCGUUUACACGUACUUCACUGAGUUCCUGCAGAUGGAUAAACGUGGAGAACAUCUGAGCUGGCUCUGCAUGUUCUGGAUGCUGGGCGGCCUCUACGCCUCCUUCACUGCCUGGGGAAUCAUUCCUCACUAUGGCUGGGGCUUCGCCAUUGGCAGCCAGUUUCAGAUGCACAGCUGGAGACUGUUCAUGUUUGUGUGUCUCUUCCCUGCAUUGGCUGCACUCAUCGGAGUCGUCUUCAUGCCGGAGAGUCCACGUUUUCUGCUGGAGAAUGCAAGACAUGACGAGGCAUGGAUGAUCCUGAGGCAGGUUCAUGACACCAACUGGAAAGCCAAGGGGGAGCCAGAGAGGGUCUUCACGAUUACAAACAUUAAGACUCCACAAACCCAGGAGGACGAGUUCAUAGAGAUCCAGAGUGACACUGGAACUGCCUUCCAGCGCUGGACAGUCCGAAAAACGACCAUGCUGCAGCAGGUGAUGGCCAAUGUGAUGUCUUUAUCUGCUCCGGAGCUCAGGCUGCAAGGCCUUUUCCUGGUCAUUGUGUGGUUCUGCAUGGCUUUCAGCUACCAUGGACUGGGGGUGUGGUUCCCUGAUAUGAUAAAGUACAUGCAGUAUGAGGAGUACCAGUCCAAGGUCAGAGUGUUUCACCGAGAACGCGUGGAGCGCUUCCACUUUAAUUUCUCCCUGGUCAACCAAGUCCACCGCGAGGGAGAGUACAUCCAUGACAAAUUUGCAAACAUCGAGAUUAAAUCGGUGAAGUUUGAGAAUUCACUCUUUGAGAACUGCUACUUUGAGGACAUCAAAUCAACCAACACAUUCUUCGAGAACUGCACCAUCAAAAACACCGUCUUCUACAACACAGACUUGUGGCAGGAAAAAUUCAAAAACUGUCAAAUGGAAAACACCACAUUCCUCCAUCCAAAGAAAGGCUGUCAUUUAAACUUCCAGGAGGAAAACGACAUAGUGAUCUAUCUGGUCAGCUUCCUGGGAAGUCUGGCUGUGCUUCCUGGAAACAUCAUCUCAGCACUUUUCAUGGACAAGAUAGGAAGGAUUCGAAUAAUAGGUGGUUCUAUGCUGGCGUCGUCGGCCUGUACCUUCCUGCUGCUCUUAAGCUUUAGUCAAGGAGCUGUAAUCUGUUGGCAGUGUCUUUUCUAUGCUGUCAGUGUGGCAGCCUGGAACGGGCUGGAAGUCAUCUCUGUGGAGCUUUACCCCUCCUCUAAAAGAGGGACAGCGUUUGGUAUCCUGAAUGGGAUCUGUAAGUUUGCAGCCAUCAUUGCCAGCUUCAUCUUUGCCGCCUUCAUCGGCAUCACCAAAAUUAUUCCCAUCUUCCUGGCCUUCGCCGCCCUGGUCUGUGGAGGCCUGGUAGCUCUAAAGCUGCCUGAAACCAGGGAGAAAAUCCUCUCCUGA